GCCGAGGCCGAGGUUAGGCACCUCCAGACCUGCCAUUCAGGAGGGGGCAGCCUGGGGGCUUAGGAGGGGACCUGGCCAUGGAGCGGCUUUGGGGUCUACACCAGAGAGCGUCCAUUUACAGGCCUGUAAGGGACCCACCGCAGGGCCGCCUAGAGGAAGAAGAGGAAGACGGGGCGGAGGGGGGACCCGGGCCACAGAACCACUUCUGUCCCAUGGAACUGCGGAGCCCCGAGGCUGGGCGGCGUCAGGGGGUUGUCUGGGCGGCCCUGGGCCACAGGGCCACCCCCUACCUAGUCCUGACUGCCCUGCUCAUCUUCACUGGUGCCUUUCUUCUGGGCUAUGUGGCCUUCCGAGGGUCCUGCCAGGCCUGUGGAGACGACGUGUUGGUGGUCAGCGAGGAUGUCAGCUAUGAGCCAGAUUCAGGACAGGGCCCGCUGUACCGGAGUGACCUGCAGGCCAUGUUCCUGCGCCUGCUGGGGGAGGGCUACCUGGAGGAGGCGAUCAGGCAGAACAGCCGCCGGGCCCGGGUGGCAGGCUCUGCAGGGAUGGCCACCCUGGCCCAGGACAUCCGUGAGGCACUGUCACGCCACAAGCUGGACCACGUGUGGACAGACACGCAUUAUGUGGGGCUCCAGUUCCCAGACCCGGCUCACCCCAACACCCUGCACUGGCUGGACUCCAAAGGGGAGCCCGGCCAGCAGCUGCCGCUCGAGGACCCCGAUGUAUACUGUCCCUACAGCGCCACGGGCAAUGCCACGGGAGAGUUGGUGUUCGCGAACUUUGGACGGCUGGAGGACCUGCAGCGGCUUCGGGCAAGCAGCGUGGAGCCGGCGGGGCGCAUCCUGCUGGUGCGCCUUGGGGCCAUCAGCUUCGCCCAAAAGGUGGCCAACGCGCAGGCCUCUGGGGCCCGAGGCGUGCUCCUCUACCCAGACCCAGCCGACUUCUCCCCGGAUUCCCCCAAGCUCGGCCUGUCCAGCCACCGGGCUGUGUAUGGACACGUGCACCUGGGAACUGGGGACCCCUACACGCCCGGGUUUCCUUCCUUCAACCAAACACAGUUCCCACCCGUGCGCUCAUCCGGCCUCCCCCAUAUCCCCGCGCAACCCGUCAGCGCCCACGUGGCCUCCCUGCUGCUUCGGAAACUCAAAGGCCCGGUGGCCCCCCAGGACUGGCAGGGCCAGCUCCCCAGCUCCCCGUAUCGCUUGGGCCCUGGCCCGGGCCUGCACCUCCGGGUAAACAACCAGCGCAUCUCCACCCCCAUCAGCAACAUCUUCGGCUGCAUCGAGGGCCGCUCCGAGCCAGACCACUAUGUUGUCAUUGGGGCCCAGAGGGACGCAUGGGGCCCAGGCGCGGCUCAGUCUGCGGUGGGGACAGCCAUCCUGCUGGAGCUGGUGCGGACCUUCUCGUCCAUGGUGAGCCAUGGCUUCCGGCCCCGCAGGAGUCUCCUCUUCAUCAGCUGGGACGGAGGCGAGUUCGGGAGUGUGGGCUCCACCGAGUGGUUAGAGGGCUAUCUCAGCGUGCUGCAUCUGCGAGCUGUGGUCUAUGUGAGCCUGGACAACGCAGUGCUGGGGGAUGACAAGUUCCAUGCAAAGACCAGCCCUCUUCUGAUCAGCCUCAUCGAGGACAUUCUGAAGCAGGUGGACUCCCCCAACCGUAGUGGGCAGACCCUGUAUGAUCAGGUGGCCGUCAGCAAUCAGAGCUGGGAAGCAGAGGUGGUCCGCCCACUGCCUAUGGACAGCAGUGCCUAUUCCUUCACGGCGUUUGCGGGGGUCCCCGCGGUGGAGUUUUCCUUCGUGGAGGACGGCCCGGCCUACCCGUUCCUACACACCAAGGAUGACACCUUCGAGAACCUGCACCAGCAGCUGCGGGGCCGGCUGCCCGCCGUGGCCCAGGCCGUGGCCCAGCUGGCCGGGCAGCUGCUCAUCCGACUCAGCCACGAUCACCUGCUGCAGCUGGACUUCGGCCGCUACGGUGACGUGGUCCUCAGACACAUCGGCAGCCUCAACGAGUUCUCGGGGGACCUCAAGGCCCGCGGCCUGACCCUGCAGUGGGUGUUCUCGGCGCGGGGGGACUACAUCCGUGCGGCCGAGAAGCUGCGGAAGGAGAUCUACAGCUCGGAGGAGAGUGACGAGCGCCUCAUGCGCAUGUACAACGUGCGGAUCAUGCGGGUGGAGUUCUACUUCCUGUCCCAGUACGUGUCGCCAGCUGACUCCCCGUUCCGCCACAUCUUCCUGGGCCACGGGGACCACACACUGGGCGCCCUGCUGGACCACGUGCGGCUGCUGCGGGGGCAGGGCUCCAGUCCCGAGGCUGCCUCCUCCUCGCUGGCCCCGGGCCUGGGCUUCCAGGAGAGCCGCUUCCGGCGCCAGCUGGCCCUGCUCACCUGGACGCUGCAGGGGGCAGCCAACGCACUUAGCGGGGACGUCUGGAACAUCGACAACAACUUCUGAGGCCUCCACGCAGGGCCAAUUUCUGGGUGAGGGGGUCGCCCCGCAGCACUGGCAUCGCUGGUGGAUUUCUCAUUGGGUCUUUGCUGGCCUCUAGGGCUCCCUGCACCCCAAGACACCAGCAAUCACCCCUACACCCCUAGCCCUGCAAGGUAGGUGGUGCGGAGCCUUCCUAUGGAGGGUUCUUUUUCGGCCAAUGAGAGCAGCCCCUUUCCCUGGAGGAACCACAGAGUAUUCUGGAAGCUUUCUGGGCCCCGGGCCCUGGGAAGGAUGGCAGGGUACCAAGGUCUGUUCAUAAAACCUGGCAGCAUCGGUGAUUCAUAAGCACCCAUCAAAUGCUUCCUUCUUCCUUCCCCACACCCCAACCUUGUCCCUGAGAAAGUUCCAGAAGGCAUGGGCAGAGGGGCCAGAGGGCAAGAGUUCAGAGGGCAAACUGAGAGGUAUUAGUUACCUAAGGAAGGGAACUAACUGCCCAGUGGGCUGGGCGAAGCGCGGCACCCCCCUACCUCCCAACCCCCCAGAUGUGGUCCCAGAAGCAGAGGAAGAAGCGAAAAACACAAACUCCUUUCUUCAAAGACCACGGUGGGGUCAGGAUUGUCCAGUCAUUUGUUCAAGACCAAGGAAGCCUCAAUAAACUGCACAUCCUAGUGGAAAAGGAAAAUGCAAUAAAGUCCCGCUCUCA